GCGACCGAAAAUGGCGGCGUCCGGCUUGCUCCGAUGCUUGUCUGCCAACUUCUCCGCGGCUCUGCCUUUGCUCGCCCGCCCGGCACCCGUGUCGCCAUCGCGGCUGGCGUCCGUAGCCUACUUUCAACGAACUUUUGCCACUUCCAGCCGACUUCUAGCAGCGCUCAAAUACACAGACAAGCACGAAUGGAUCCGAGUAGAAGAGGGUGGUGGGCUGGGCACUGUCGGCAUCAGCAAAUUUGCACAGGAGGCUCUGGGAGAUGUUGUUUAUUGUGGAUUGCCAGAGGUGGGCACACAGCUGGCCCAACAAGAUGAGUUUGGUGCACUGGAAAGCGUAAAGGCAGCAAGUGAGCUCUAUUCUCCACUGACGGGAGAGGUUGUAGAGGUCAAUACACUUCUGGCAGACAACCCUGGCCUGGUCAAUAAAUCCUGCUACAAAGAUGGUUGGCUGAUGAAGAUGACCAUUGCCAACCCUGUAGAGCUCGACUCCCUUAUGGAUGAAGCAGCGUACGAGAGGUACAUCCGCUCAAUCGAGGACUAACCUAGUAUUUCCCCAAGGCCUGCUAUGCUCCCCUUCUCUUUUCAGUCAUAACUGGCAGGGUGAUGCACAGGACGUGACUGUCUGUAUUGAUACUACACCCAGUUUCCACAAGUGGAGCUCCAGAAAAGUACUGACCUGCCAGUAUUAUAGAGCUAUGAAUGUUAGGUAUCCUGAAUCUACUGUUAGUGACUGAAUUUAAGGGACCUGUCAAUCUGUACUGAUGAAACAAUCCAGUGUUGAACCAGUGGGGCGUGUAUAUUGUUUUAUUUCUGACUUCAGACCCUCAAACCGAAGGGACGAAAGACUCAGCACGGGCAACAGCAGUGCGUAGGCAUUUCCAAGUGGGGGUCUAUUUGUAUUCUGGUUGAGAGUGGCAGACGUAGAGUUUAAGAAGCACACUGGUCUUGAUGUCAAUAAUAACAAGAUCUACACCGCAUGUGCUAAUGUGUCACUGUUGCAGUGGGACUUGUACAGGAGAAAAUAAACCUUUCCUCAUAUUUUUUUCUUUGUGGCUACUUAUUCUUCCGUUAUCCCUAAAGUAACACUUGCCUCUAUACUUAAGUGGAAAGUAUAAAUGUUAAAUGAACCCAUACGCUAGAGUAGAAUGUAGAGACUUAGUCCAUACAAGUGUUGCCUUGAUGCACUUGUUCAGGUUCUCUUGUAUUGCUCAACUGCAACAGGUGCUUCACAUUAUGCCCGGCCACCUUACCGUAUCAUGUAAACGGUCCCAUACAUAAUUUUGCAGUUAAUAUGGUAACAUAAAUACUUUGUAAUUCACUUUGGAUUAGUGUCCUUUCUCACCUGAUUAAAGUAAAUAAAUGCUAUUUAAAUA